AUGGCCAAGAAAAUUCCUUUUAAAGUAGUGUUCGCUUCGGACGAAGAUUCGGACUAUCCGGCAAGUGAGCUAAACAGUCACAGUCCAACAGUUCACGGUUGGCGAUCAAAUCCGACUAGUCCGGUAUCACCGAAGGAGAUUGUCCUUCGGUUCUUCAAUCCAGCCCGAAUCGUGCGAAUACAAGUCCUGGCCCAUCAAUACUACAUCCCGGAACGCAUUGAGCUUUGGAUUCACUAUUCAAGCAAGAAUGCACCGAGUACACCAUCUAGCCAAAGCUUCGAAUACAUGGGCUUCGUAGCUCUUUCGGACAACUCGAACACCAACUACGCGUCUCGUGAGUUACAAAGUGUAACGGUAGCUCCAAAAGUUGGUUCGCAUUUGAAGCUACGUCUUGGCCCUGCUUAUCCAAACAAUUUCAAUAAAAACAACCAAGUUGCUUUGUUGGCAAUCAAUAUUCUAGGCGAAGAACUAUCCACUGACGAGCUGGCGUCCAUACAAUCCAACACGGCCCUACUUAGCAUGACGCCAACAAAUAUUGAUACACUAACCAGCACUUUGAAUUCGAUGUGUGAUGAUUUAUCAUACUCUAUGUACGUAGAAGAAAGUAUUUGCGAUGUUGUCCGGAAGAUGGAAGUGUUGAAACUUCAAGCAGUUCAAGACGAACGUUUUGAAUACGCCAGAAAGCUGAAGCUUUGCAUGACUGCUUUACGUACGGCAGGGGAGCGACUCGGGCGAUAUGCACUGGCUAAGCGACAAGCUGUUCAGCAGGAAGAUUUUAGUACGGCGAGACUACGUAAAGAGCAGAUUGAGAUGUACAGAAAAGCGGUGUUUGAUCAACUGAAGAUUGAUAUUUUGCUUCAAUAUGAUAAAAGUGUAACGAGUAACGAUUCCUGUUCGGAACUGUACGCAUCGAAACCGACGUUGCCUUCACCACCUAGCUUACAAGAUGUCGCCAGUGCAUUAUCUGAGACUACUUUACCCGUAAUGGCGGAAGUGACGGUUAAGCAGCACGUGCUUUUAGAUGCUGCUGAUUCUACUACCAAUUCAACUAACUCUGGCUCCAGCUGCGGUGCAGCUAUGAAUAGAACACAAGACGUAGCAAAGGUGCAACAUUCGUUGGGCAGACCUGAAGACAUCCCGAAUUCCCCAAUGUUAAGUCAUAAAGGACGCAGUCCUAUGCGUUCACCUACCAAUACGGGUUCCUUACGUCGACGCAAUAAAAGUGCACCACGCAACAGCUACGAGGACUACGACGAGCGAGCGAUCUCUACUCUAGGUGCGCAUACAAAUGAUUUUCUAAGAGAAUGUCAAGGAACGGCAAUGAUUGAAAGUGAUUCCGGUAAGGUACGUUCGAAGCUGAACGAUAGAGAAAAGAGACAAGCUGCUUUGCCUAUUUUGAUUUUUGGGAUGGAGUUGGUUGAGUUGAUUUACUCGCGACAAUUUACCGACCGAGAAGAAGGACUUGUGAGGUUGAGAGGUAUUUUGAAGCGUGACGGUGAAGACGUUCUCUCGGCAGGACCGAACAAAAUUUGUCGAAGUGCCACGCUGUUGUUGCACCGUGGGGUACGUGAUGCCGUAUUCUCCGUGUUUAGUCAAGCAACGGAAACUGUCAGGAUGCUAUUUACAGAUUUUGUGCCAAACCGGGUAUCACAAAGUGAAGUAGGUCGAUCGGUGGAUCGACUUCUUCCCGAACUGUUAUCAAAAAGUGGAGAUCCUUCUGCGAGAGUUCACACGUUGGCCCAACAUACUAUUUUGAGCAUUGCAGCAUGUCAGGAAGUCAGGGAUCAGCACUUGAUCGCACCGGCGUUGUCCAGACCAGUAGGUAGUGGUACUCAUCCACGCCUAGCGUUAAGUCGAAUGCAGAUGUUGGAACAGUUGGUGUUGAGUCAAGGAAUAUCCAGCGAUAAGCAAAGCGGGUUAGCGUGCAGAACACUCUCUGAGUCAGGUUGCUCCGGUAUUCAUCAUCCAGCAGAAUCAGUCCGGAAGGUAGCUGAGCGUGUCUUGCUUUUGGUCUACAAGGUAAAUCCAAGACUUGUAAGAAAGCAAUUACCUCCCGAUGAUGACAUCACCCGGAGAAACCUUCUUUAUCGACAACUUUUCACCGAGUUUGAUAAGAUCGAUCUGCAGCGCAAAAAAGAAAUGCUAGAAAACAAACAGUUCAGUGGUCCAACUUCAUUUGCCGGUAUUUCUUCUCCACCGAUGUCUAAUAGUUCGAAGAGUUCACCUCCAGUAGAAGUACGCAGCCGGGCGCUCCGUUACGAUAGUGCCGGUGCAGUCGGUCGGUCAAUUGUUAGUUUUUCCGACAGUACACACUCUUGCUGGCAGUCUGAACUCAGUUCAUUGAAAUUGCAGGAUUCCAACUUAAGUCCAGUAAGACGACCCGAUUCAGCUGGAAUCAUCAAGAGUAAAAGCGGGCACGCCAUUGGACAUCAUCAUCAUCAUCAUUGGUCCGGGGAGGAGCGUUGUGAAAGUUCCUAUUAUGAAAAACCAGACUGCAAUGGGAAGGACAUGGAGGUGGGAUCCAAACAAAAGCUUAGUCAACCCAGAACAAUGAUCUAUGACAGCACAGUGGGAUUCUUAGAGUCCGAAAAUGGCGCCGGAUCGAGAAAGAGUUCAAACUCUGACUCCUUUGAAGGCAGUGACAAUGAAAUCCGCUGUCCAUUUUGCGACUGGAUAUGCCACGGAGAUCCCACGCAAUUAGAUAAGCACUAUUGGAAGUCAUGCCCAGUAUUAACUAAAUGUCCCCAGUGUAGUCAAAUAUUGGAGGUAGCAGCAGUUACUGCACAUCUAAUAAAUGAAUGCGAAGCCAAAACGAGUUAUGUUACCUGUGAGCGGUGCACUGAAUCGGUUCAUAAAGAUCUUUAUGAAUACCAUAUGAUGGAAGACUUUUGUCGAGAACUUACCACCGGUGCUGCCCGUUGCCCGCUAUGUCACGAUGAUGUACUUUUGCCUUUGGACGGUGGCUGGAAGCGCCAUUUGCUAAGCCGUUCGGGCUGUCUUGGAAAUUCUCGAAGGCGUGCUAAUGUUUAA